UGCAGCCACUCUGGUUUACUUUCUACAAGAGCAUUAAGACGAUUUAACUUUCGCGUUUGGUCUACCAGCAGUUUCAGCCAUUAUGUUCCGAUACGUUGUCUUCAUGCUUUGCAUGUUGCAUUAUAUCAACGGUCAUACCUUAGACAUGGGCGCGUGUACGUGUUCGUGUAGUAACGAUAGAACAGGGCUUGCGUCAUCAUCACGUGGUGAAGCGGGGCCACCCGGGAAAGCGGGACCAGCGGGCGACCGAGGACCAGCAGGGCCACCUGGUGUUGCUGGACCACCUGGGGAAGGAUUCGCUGGUAGUUUAGGAACCCCAGUGAACCCCGGAACAAGUUGUUCACAUUUGCAACGAGCAGGAAUCGUAGAAGACGGCGUCUAUUCUAUACGGUCACAAGAUGGCGGUAUAUACCAGACUUACUGUGAUAUGACGUCAUCAAACGAUAAAGCUUGGUCACUAGUUGGCAGUAUACAUGAGAACAAUAUCCUGGGGAAUUGUACGUUUGGUGAUAAAUGGUCGAGUGAGGAGGGAAACGUCAGUUCUGUGGGUAUUACGUCAUGGGAGAGUAUGACGUCAUUUGGAAACGUAGAAUCUGUGACGUCACAAGAUUACAAAAACCCUGGAUACUUUAAUAUGGGGUCAAGAAAUAUCAUGGUGUGGCAUGUUCCAAACGAGACACCGCUGAACCAAAUUAAACAACGAUCGAAAUAUCAAUAUAAAACAACCAACAACUUCUUAGAGCGAUAUAACACGUUAUAUGGUUUGUUCAAAAAUAGUUACCCCUUGCGAAAAGUGCCAGAGAAACACACAAAUGUUGUUGACCGCUUGAUGGCGGGCGUGGUUAGUUCAGCCAACCGCAUGGUGGCAGCAAUACCAAGCUUUCACAGAUACACAUACGACUGCAGCGGUGACAGGGUAAACUGCAUAUCCGAUGGCGGAAGUGACGUGUUCGACACCGGUAAUAAGAUUCAAUAUUCAAUCAAUGGAGGAUCGCUGUCGUCUUUCUUGUAUUACGGCGAGAGUUAUCUUUUGGAUGGGGUUGAAAUAUUGACUUGGAAAGAAGGUCACCCGUUUAUUGCAUUGGCGUGGAUAGGAAACAGUGGAUCCAUUAACUCGUUCAAGCUAAAGGUGACAAGCAACAUGGGGGCAGACGGUAGCGGUUCCGUGUCCACUAUUACCGGUUCGUUAUCAACCAACCGGUUGACUUUGAGUUACAAGGCGAACCACGUCAGUGGGGCGAGCGACCCAAGCGCAGCGCAAGUGUUUUUUCACAUCUAUGACACAAGCGGCACGUGGAAUUCAAAUAGACCGACAAGUGUAUCGACACCACUUUGGGAGACGGGCGACACCCAAAACAUGAAUGAUGAAUACCUCGUGUCUGGAUCGUUAAGAAACAUUGUCGUUGGAUACGUAUUGUUGUCCAAGACUUCCGGAAGUGAGAUCACACAAUCCCAAAUCACAGCGGCCCUUCGUGUGUUGGCGGAACAACUCGAAAACGUGGACGUGGACGUUGAAGAAACUUGUAGCAGUGACGCCGAAACGUUGGCGGUUCCUGUUACCUUUCUAAAAGGGGAAUCAGCUUUUACCUAUUCCAUACCACUAAGCAUAAGAGCUUCAUUCCUGCCGGGUUUCGUUCAUUUCCGAGCUUUCAGCAAUCGUGGGCUCCCAAGUGCUCUGUGCCCAGGGGUUAAGUCCACUGGGUGUCGCCCUUCAUCGAUGUGUGUUGGCGGUUUGAACACAUUCGCAUAUAAGGGGAAUCCCGAAGAGUGCGGCGACUUCGGUUCUUGGGCGGAAAACAGAAGAGAGGAUGACGUCACAGACACGAUAUUGGUGUUUUAUGAUGGUUAAAUAUGUUGAUUGUUGAUGUAAAUAAAUACUGGAAUCUCUAUGA